AUGGCAUUUCAGGGGACAACCACCAAGUGCACUGCUUGCGACAAGACGGUGUAUUUGGUCGACAAGCUCAUCGCCGAUAAGCGGCCCUACCACAAGGCCUGCUUCCGCUGCCACCACUGCAACGGCACCUUGAAGUUGGGAAACUUCAAUUCCUUUGAAGGAGUGCUAUAUUGCAAACCCCAUUUUGAUCAGCUGUACAAAACCACAGGCAGCCUGGAGAAAAGCUUUGAAGGGACCCCAAAAAUUGUGAAACCAGACAAGCCUAUCGACAAUGAGAAUGCAAACAGAAUGUCAAAUGCUUUUGUUGGCACACAAGAAAAGUGUGUUGGAUGCAGCAAGACAGCUUACCCAACUGAAAGGGUCAAGGUUAAUGGAGCCGCAUAUCACAAGAGCUGCUUCAAAUGCUGCCAUGGCGGAUGCGUCAUCAGCCCUUCUAACUACAUUGCCCACGACGGAAAACUCUACUGCAAGCAUCACCAUACUCAGCUCAUCAAAGAGAAGGGCAACCUGAGCCAACUUGAGAUGGAUAGAGAGGCGAGUUCCGGUGUGGGUGAAGUACCUGAUGAACCUGAGGCAGGUAAAACAAAGGAAACAACUGAUGAGCCAUAGAUGAUGAUUCAUCCUCACAAGGCUGGUGUGUUAAAUUAGUUGAUUUUGUUGAAUUGAAGUGGAAUGAUUUGGCUUUUCAAUUUGUCUAUAUUUAACUAAUUUGUUUAGUGAUGAUCAUUUUUUUUGAUAAUUCAUAUGUUCUAGUUUCAUCCAACUAAUUCUAAAGGUAAGAUAUUGUUCAGAAUUGUACUGGAAAUAAUAAGUUUUGGUAUAGCUAUGAAAGACAAUGUAGUAGAAAAUGAUAACAAAUAUAAUGCAAUGGAGACAUGGA